CAAAAUGCGCGAGCUGAAUGGCUAUCCGUCCCAUCCAGAGUGAGUUGAUAAACCCCGCGAAAAUCGAAAAUUUAAAGGUCCGUUGUGUGUUGUUGACGUCCGUCGUGGAAAAUUAUACAUAUUCUGUGCAUCUUGUUUGAGAUCAAAGCACUUCCAGCCCAACGCAAGAUUUUAAAAGCGUCAGCAAGACGGCGGACCUUGGGGUACGACUCUUCAAAAAAUGAAGGAAAACAAAGCAGGCAAGCAACGCUUUAAAGUCCAUUUGGACCCAGAUGAGGUGAUGACUCAACUGCAGCAGAUGGGCUACAAAAAUUUAUCACCCAGCCAACUUCAGAUUUUCAUGAAAGAUCUAACAAAACUUAUCAAACAUGACCUGAAGAAGAAUUUGAACUCCUCCGAAUCGUCUGCUGAGGGGUUUGCAUGUAGUGCUUCGAGUAGCACUGGAGAAACUAACAUGUCUACAAACCAAUCGACCUUUGCUUCGUCAUUUUCUACAAGAGACCCCUUAAAGGACAUUGAUGGGAACUUAAGGACUGGCAGCUUCAACAGUGCAUCCUCAUCGACAAGUCUUUCUAAAGGAUCAUCGAGGGAUGAGAAGUUGUCGGAAAUGCCAAAGAGAAGAAUUCCAAAAGAUUGCAAAAAGUUGAAAGAGCCACCAAGGCAUGAUCCUGUAGCUCUCUACCACUAUUAUGAAAAGUUUUGGAAGCAAUUCAACAUCCCUAAGGAAAAUAAUCCUGCUAUAUGGCAAAAUCAACAAAUAUCAAGGAAGUCUGCAGGGGACAGGCUCUGCUUCUGAAACCGAGUCAUCUGCAGUUCAAUGAAGGCCUAUUUAUCUGUGAAAAAACUACGCCCUUAGGCUAGAUGAAUAUUAAAGAGUUGUUUUUAUGUGGGAAAUAUUUAUAAAUGAUUGUAUUAAGACUACAGAGAAGUGAAUCUCCUUAAUAAUAUGUAACUAAAAAUGAAAGGUUUCUAUUAUUGCCUAGACGGGAGGUACCUUCCUUCAGUUUUAGCACUCUUAUUUCUGUGUAUGUUCAUGAGAAGUUGGUGUUCAAUUCUCUCUAAUGCGGCCAACGUCAACACAAGGGUUUCGUGUUUGAGCAUACUGUAGACAUUCAGAC